AGGGAGAGCGACUCUGCUGUGGGCGAAGACAGCACUCACGACUGGCUUCGCUGCAAUCUGAUUAGUAGAGUAGCCUAUAGACCAGACUUUUGAUAAGAGCAGGCUAAAUUCAGUGUUUUGGAAACAUUUUUAAGAGGAAAAACCAUUUCAGUCAUAUAAACUUGAAAGAUGUGACAUAGGCUAUUGCACUAAGAAAAUAUUUAUUAUAGUCUUACUUUAAGUAGAUGUAUUUUUUUUUACAGAGAUUAACAACUUUUUGAAGUAUAAUCAUGCAGCCGUAAAGUAUUCGCGUUUGUUCUCUGAAGUGGGUGACUUUGAAGAUACAUAUUUUCAUUCCUGACAAAUCACUGAAAUGGAUGGGAUUACCCCUUAAAAGGUUCACCGAGGAGCAGCGGAAGAUGGGAAAAUGGCAACUGACUAUGGAUCCUGUUCAGGAGUGGGGUGAGGAGUUUGAGGAUGGAGCCGUGUACGGGGUCACCCUGCGUAGGGAGCCCGUGCAGCCGGCGGCGGACGCCGGCGUGGCCGCGCCCUCCAACAGCUUCGUCCAGUACAGGACGUGUAAAGUGCGCAGGCUGAAGGCGGCCACGCUGGAGCGGCUGGUGUCCCAGCUGAUGGUGCCGCUGGACUCCCAGGAGCAGGACGUCGCACACAUCUUCCUGUCCACGUACCGCGCCUUCACCAGCACCAGCACGCUCAUCGAGCUCCUCUUCAACAGAGAGGGCCUCAACUCUGAAGCUGGCCUCAAGCGGUGUCAAAAGAGUCCUCUGGAGGCUUUGGUGCAGACGUGGUUGGAGGAGUUCAGUGAGGACCUUUGGGACCCUCCCCAGCACCCGUCUCUACGAUUUCUCUCCCUCCACCUGAGGCAACACCCCUCACUGCGCUCUCUGGCCCAGCGCUCUGAAGCUCUGCUCAAGAAGUUCCAGAGUCAAGCAAACGUAAACAAUGGACAAGCUAGUCCAGCUGAAGAGUCAGAUGUGGAUGAAGAUGAGCUAGAACCAGACACACCAUUGGACCAUCGGGGCUUUUUGGACUUCUCUGUGCAGGGCAUUGCUGAGCAGCUUACUCGGCUGGACUCUGAGCUGUUUGUGAAGGUGGUUCCAUUCCAGUGUUUAGGCUGCAUCUGGUCUCAGCGCGACAAAGAGAACCUCUCCCCCACCGUCCGUGCCACCAUAGCCCAGUUCAAUGCCGUCACCAACCAGGUCAUUUCCUCCAUCCUCUGCCAAGCAGCCAGCUCCAGCCCGGCCUCCACACGCUGCCCCAGCCAACCCCACGUCCAGAGGGCAAAGGUCAUUGAGAAAUGGAUAAAGGUGGCACAGGAGUGUAGGCAGUUGAGGAAUUUCUCCUCCUUAAAAGCCAUUCUGUCUGCCCUACAAUCAAAUCCCAUCUACAGGCUAAGAAAGACAUGGUCUGCUGUUAGUAGAGAGAGCACGGCCUCAUUUGAGAGCCUGUGUGAGACACUACCAGAUGAGAACUGUGUGCUUACCAGCAGGGAGAUCUUCACAGAGGAUGGAAGUCAACCAGCCAUGGAGACCAUUUCUCCUAAGACUCUGAAAAGAUACAGCAUCUCAAGACAAAUAAGUGUCACAAACGGAGUUGUUCCAUACCUCGGCACAUAUCUCACUGUUCUCACAAUGCUGGACACGGCCUUGACAGACACUAUAGAGGGGGGCCUUAUAAACUUUGAGAAGAGGAGACGGGAAUACGAGAUUCUUUCUCAGAUCCGCCAGAUGCAGUUCUCCUGCUCACAGUACACUUUGCCUUAUCAUCCCCAAAUUGCUGCCUGGCUCCUAGGUCAGAGGCUACUUGCAGACCAGGAAAGUUAUGACAUUUCCCGUCAGUUGGAGCCUCCUGUAGAUACUUGUCACCGGACCUCCAGCUCCUGGAGUCAUCGGUCCCUCACCAGGAAACUGUCUUCCCUUCUGAUGGUGAGUGACGAGUCCAAAAAGAUGUACGCAGACCAGAUCAGUGUCUCCUCCUCUGGCUCCAGUGGCUCUGAAAUGGAGGACCUCUCAAACUCCUCCCCACUUCGGCGAGAGUCUCUCUCUAGUUCCUGCCACAACAUGGCUGACUCCUUCCCAUCCUCUGCCUCCUCGGACACCAGCAGCGCCUGUGGUUCCUUGACGUCCAGUUCACAGCCAGACCUCUCGGGUCCCCCGCCCUCUCCACUCUCGCUAGCGCCACCCAAGAGCGCUUUGUCCUCCACACACAAGCGGUCUGUGUCGAUGACCUCGCUGCCCGUGUACAACCGGCAGGUGGCCGACUCCUGCAUAAUCCGUGUCAGCUUGAUGGGUUGUGAGAGCAGCAAUGGAAACAUGUACAAAAGUAUUCUGCUCACCAGUCAGGACAAGACAGUGCAAGUGAUUCAGAGAGCCUUAGAAAAACACCACCUUGAGACCAUGAACAGCCAUGACUUCACCCUGAGUCAGGUUCUAUCAGAAGGCAAAGAGCUUCUCAUCCCAGACAAAGCCAAUGUGUUCUACGCCAUGUCCACAUCUGCAAACUAUGACUUUGUUCUACGCCACUGCCCAAAAGGAUACCGCAGGCCCCCACUGAGUGCGUCUGGUUUAGGCACACUAACUAGAGGACAGAAGUAACAGCGCCAUCUCCAGGCCAGAUUUCAAGCAAAGCCGAAGAGGAUGAAGUCAAACUUUUGCAUCGCUUUGUGAAUUUUUAGCCAUAUUUUUAUAUUGUACAUUUUAUGUAAAAAAAAAAAAAAACUUCACUUCAAAGCACUUUGAGAUGGAUCAUUGGAUUUACACUGAAACUUAAGCUAACAGGCAAGGAGAUUUCUAUUCUUGUCUUGUUGGCAGUAGAGUAUGAUCUGUUACUGAGAGGACAGCUUAUUUAUUAAUGACGCAAAUGAUCCAUGAACUGUAUCCUGUCAUCCCCAUCCCCUUUCAAACACACACAGACAGAGAGAGAGAGAAUGUGGCUGUUUCAAGUCCAAAUAAACUUGGUGUGAUUUGUUAUAA